UUCGGAAUGAAUACAGACUUCAAUCAUAACAAUGGGCUCUUCCCAAGUAAAACAUUUGCUAACUGAAGAUGUAUUAGAAGACUAUACGUCUCUAACGUAUUUAAAUAAAGGAGAAAUAUAUCAUUUAUUGGAGAAAUUUCAUUCCAUUGACCCUGAUAAAGUAAACAACAACUUCGCGCAUAGAUUCACCAAACAGGAGAUCGUAAAUAAAUUCGAAGUGCUGAAAAACAAUCCCUUCCAAGACCGGAUCUUCCGCGUGUUUUCUUCACAAAAUGAUGACUGCUUCUCCUUCGAGGAUUUGCUGGAUCUGUGCUCGGCUAUGAGCUCUGAGUGUCCUUGCGAGGUCAAAGCGGCUUGGGCGUUUCGAAUAUAUGAUAUCGAUGAGGAUAAUCAAAUCACGGCUAAAGAUAUAUGCCAUUUAAUAGACAGAUUGACUUGGGACGUCUACAACCGGAAUCACUGUUUAGAUAAUGAGUCGAAGUUGAAAAUUGCUAACAUCAUAUUAGAAGAAAUAAAAUUGGAUCACUCUGGCGGCAUCGGUCUUUCAGAGUUCCAAUUUAUCAUAUCAAGAAUACCAGAAUUUACGUCAUCAUUUUAUUUCCGGCUAUAAAUAUCGACAAUUUAAAAAAUCUUUUAAUAACUCUAUUUCCCAGAAAUAUACCCAAAUAAUAAAAAUUAAAUUAAUUCACAGUACUGUAAAAUUAUAAUUUUGAUAAGAUAAUCAACAAGAAAUACUUCAACUACACACACUAUGCAAAUAAUAGCCAAUGAUUGGACAAAUAAACGACUAAAAAUGUU